UCAUGUCUUCAAUGUUUUUGUUGAAGCUCCUCUGCUGCUGGUAGGUGAAGUCAAAAUGGAAACGACAUGGCCUACAGUUUGUGUUAUAUUUCUUAUUUUUGCGUCUGUAACACGCACAGAGUCGUCGACCAGGCAACUGAACACGGAAAACAUCCUGAUUAACGUCACAACAGGGACACUGGCGGAUACACAACUCCAGGAUUCUAACAAUUUACAGAUAAAUUUAAAUAUAUCGGUGGGCGAUGAGCAGGUGUUCGUCAAUGACAUCCCAGUCGAGCUGUCAGGGGUCACCAGGUUCAACUGUCAAGCACUUCUCUUGGAGAGCAUCAAUGGAAGCACCGAGUUUGAAUCAGGGGACUUGGUGUCGACCGUCACCCGGGUGAUGGUGAGCCAGAACAGGCUGUACAGCGACUCAGAGGAGGUGGUGGCUCUUCAAGUGUUCAGUGAAGUGAUAGAAAUGGAGGGCAAAGAGGUCCAGCAGCCUGACAUGUGUGAGGUGAAAAUCCUGAUGAGCCCAGACUUCCAGAAGCUGGCUCAGUUUACCAACAUCUACCCCAUCGGACACAGUGAGAUCUUCAGGGUUCCCAGAGAAAACGAUGUGGUUGUCACCGAUCCACCAAAUUCUAGAAAAGAUGAAGAGCAGUUGAUGUCUCAGACCACCAGUCAGUAUCCCCUGAAGCACACGGAGACGACCCAGGAGGAGACUGCAGCGCCGGGAAAGCUCCCAGAGACUCCCCUACGUAUGGACCCCGACCUGCUUUAUGAUGUCCGAUAUGAUGAUGAAUUUGACCCCACCGAGUCGGAUCAGAUGGAAACUCCGCCCAAGGAAUUUGUAUCGUCUUACUCUGCCAUGUGUGAAUGGGUAGAGCAAGCAAGAGUUCGUCUGCGGCGCUUCUGCUCCGAGUCGCUGCCUCUCUUCUUCCUGGUGAUGUGGGUGGUGGUGAUAGGUGUCGCCGGAUCGGCCGUCAUCGUCAAGAUCUUGGACAUGUUCUUCCCAAUUUGCGAACAUAAGCACAUUUUUCACCUAAACCCCGUCACUCUAAUGCCAGAGGACGAGAAGCACAACCUGCUGGAGAACAUAGAAAUAGAAGCAGAGGAAGAAGGGAAGAAGCCUUGAAUGAGGAUUGACUUGGUCUGCUCCUUCCAGUUUGUUCCUAUUUGUUCUUUAACCUACUGCUUCGCUCCAAGCCUGUAUUCAGAUCUGUGAACCACUGUUGCUUUUCACUUCGGUUUACUCUUUAAACAUUUUAGCCGUGAAACAGGAGCUAGUUUAAAGAGCCCGUAUUAUGCCUUUAGAUCAAAUUCCAGUCUUUCAGGUUGGUAUGUUGGACAGCUGACGUGUGUUACUUGCAUCUGUGCACUCAUCUCAUCGUCUGGAAAUGUCUUUGCUGCAGUGAUUGGUGCGAUCGUUUAUGAAAAGUCACUUUAUCGAGGCACUAAUGACUCCACUUUGUUACUUGCUUUUCAAAGCUAGUAAGGUGAUGCAUUACUAUUUAAUACAAAGACCUUGGAGUACUUUUGUUUUACCCACUUCGAAAACAUGCUGUGGCAUUAUUCCUUCCCAAUUUGUCAUUGUUCUUUGAAUUGUAAGUGAAACAUCAAAUGUCACAUCGAUAUAUAGAUCUAUGUAGUCGUGUUUUGUUUUUUUAAAGCUGAUCCUUGUCAGCAGUUAACAAAACAAACAACCCUCAACGUCUGUUUAUUAGAUGUUCUUCAUAAAAUCAUGUGUUUUGCGCCAAAGAUUUUAAGCUUUUAGAGGGAACAGUUUGGUAUUUUGUGAAUUACAGAUUCGUCAAAAAAACUGACACCACUCUCGUGAAGCUCCAGAAGUCAUUUUAGCGUAGCUUACCAAACAGACUGGAAACCGAAUGAAACAUCUACAAUACGUUAUCUCCUGUUUAUGCCAUUCAAAAAAACCCCAUUAAGAAUAGGUCAACUUGUGGAUUGUAUUGGGUAUUUUUUUUGUUGGGUGUACUGACAUCCCAGAAGUUUGUCUUACCACAAGGCUGCCAGACAACCAGCAUGUUUCCUAAAAUGUCAAACUAUUCCUUUAAGCCAAUCCUCAAAAAAAACAACUAUGGUUAAACCUGACAAUUGAAGACGAGAAGCUUCAGAGCUGCUACUGAAUAGACCAUCUGGUGAGAUUGUUUUCUCAAGGUUAUUCUUCUUUUUUUUUCACCAAAAUGUAGCAGCACAGGUAAGAACAGACACAAGCUUGAGGAAAAAAGCUGAAACACAGUGAGUUCCAAACAAUGAAUAUGAACAAACUGAGCAUUUCAGGAGCUGCAUCCAAGGAGUUAAGAGUUUACUUACCCAGAAAACACUUUGUGUCUGUAGCAUUUCUGUACAGGCCACACUUUCUUUUCGCACUAUACCUUUCCCCCCCACAAAAUUGUACCCCACAGCCGUUAAAAAAAAAAAAAGAAGAAGAAGAAAAUGCACUUAUUCGAUGUAUUUAUUUAACAUGAGGCAGGCAUAUUGUCGUCCUUUAAGUGAAGACAAGAUAAUUGCUAAAGAACCAGUAUAACUGAAUCUGCUGUUGCCGGUUGAUCUGAUUAAAUAAUAUUUAAUCAAAAAGAAGACAAAGCUAUGCAGAUCACCGUGUCGGCAUGUUGCAGUUUAGAAACAGUGGAUCUGAAGUUUGCUAAAAAGCACCUCCCUGUGAGGCCGACUGCACACUUUAGAGGUUAAUAUGUUGAUUGUCUUUCUUCACGGUGCCUCUGUGACUAUUUUGGGGAUUCUAUCACUAAAUGGGGAAGCAUAUUGUAUUUUUCUUAAUCGGUUUUGUGUGCAGCUUCCUGUUACUAAUAUCGGAGAAUGUAAGUGAUGUCUUUCAGAAUGUCUAUGCACUCUAAACAUAAAAGGCAAACUACUGCUCUGACUGGACUGAUUUAAAAGAAAGUACAAUACCUAUUGUUAGAAGAAAGAAUCUGCACUUAAGAGUUGAACCUGUGAGUGAAACCUGCAUGGAUGUGGUUAAUCUCAGCAGGAUUUGUAGGCUCAGACAAUAAACCUCCUCAGUAUCGCUCCAGAUGGUUUGCUGGGCUGGUUCUGAGGGACCAGACAGGUGGACUGGUCAUCAGUCAAAAACAUGGGUUUGAGUCAUCCUAAGUUCAUUAUCGUGUUUAUUUUCUGUGUGUGUGUGUGUGUUUAUUUCAUUACUUGUCAUGCUUUUUCGAAGACACCCUAAAAGCAUCAGCUUGUGCACCUCAGAGCAGCUGAAGACAUGAUUUUAUCUCCCCGGGGCUCAGUUAAAACUGCAGAAUGCAUGAUGUACUGCGUUAGCAAAAGGUGCAUGUGUUGUCUAGCUAGUGAAUGCAGUUUGCUGCUCAAUCAGCAACUUAUACAUGAAAACUAUGAAACUGCAUGAUGACUCAAAGCAGCAUUGAUAUCUGCCUCAGAUUCCUAAUUGAUCAACUCUAUACAACAGAGUGCUGUAGAUAACACCAAAUUAGCCUGUAAGGCAAACAAUGUAUCAGGCAUGAGGUAAUAAACGACAGAAAUAUGUUUUAAUUUGCUCUUUGUUUUAACGGUGUUCGAUCCAUGUGUUAUCUUUUUGACAUCUGUGUGCAUAAAUUGUAUGAAUUACAGCUGGACUGUGUAUUUGAGUCUAAAAUCAUGCUGAUUAAAUGCUUUCCUUACGACCA